AUGCGUUCAAAGUUCAAGGACGAGCACCCUUUUGAGAAGCGCAAGGCCGAGGCCGAGCGCAUCCGCCAGAAGUACGCGGAUCGGAUUCCCGUUAUCUGCGAGAAGAUCGAGAAGAGCGAGAUUGCGACCAUCGACAAGAAGAAGUACCUCGUGCCCGCAGACCUGACCGUCGGCCAGUUCGUCUACGUCAUCCGCAAGCGCAUCAAGCUGGCGCCCGAGAAGGCCAUCUUCAUCUUCGUCGACGAGACCCUGCCGCCCACCGCUGCGCUGAUGUCCAGCAUCUACGAGGAACACAAGGACGAGGAUGGCUUCCUCUACAUCCAGUACUCCGGCGAGAACACCUUCGGCGAGGACAUUUGA